CUUAAAUUCACCACGCUGUUGUUUUCCUUCAAUUUUGAAUUUUUCAAUUUAUAAUGGUAAUGGAAAUUAAAAUGUUUGAAAAUAAAACACUUAAUUCACAAUGGCGAAUGGCACUACUAAAAUACUGGAAGAAGCUUUAAGCGAGUUAUCUCAACUACAGUCUAACGUCUCCACGUUGUCAACGAUUUUUACCGGACAUCCGCCAGAUCCAAUUCGGUUUGUUCAGCUGGAUGGAGAAAUCCGCCAGUUGCAGGCAACAAGCGAAGCGCUCUGCGUAACGUUAGACAAAGCCCUUAGGCUUGCUGUACCAAAAAUUAUUGAAGAUCCCCGCUCGAAAAACCAAGCGCUGGAGAGUUUGAAGGUGUACAAAAGAAAUGCAGAGCAAACGAUCAAAGAACAAACAGAGCAGAUCGCCCAACUUAAAGCCGAAUUAGCAACUAUCAAGGAAUCUUUUCCUAGGCAGGCCGCAGGACAAAUCGAGUCAAUAUCUUGGAUCGGUUCGAUAAUGGCCGCCUUGUUGUGGAAAGCGUGCAAACAGCAAGAAAGCGUCAAAGCCCUGAUUGGUACUGACAGUUUACGAGAAUUCAUCGGAAUGUCUAACUGUGUUCUAAGCAGCUUCGUAGCACGACACCAGCAAAGUGGGGAUUCGGUUCAACUUUCCUCUGAGAGUGAGGAUUAUAAAUUUCUGGCAUCGCUCUGCGGGGCAAUGACUAAUUUAGCCGCCUAUCCGGAAGGCAGAGCACACUUAGUCAGUGAGGCCGACGGUUUACUAUUUACGAACAGUCUUCUCCAUGCGGUGCAAUUACUUCGAAUGCCAGCUGGGAGGCUGCUGAAGCGCAUUUCACUAACCUUUGUCUACAACAUAUGCCUGGAACCAGCCGGGGUGCAAUUCGUUAUGAAAGAUGACAAUCGAUUGCGCAACAUUGUUGCCUGUUUGAAUCUGGUCAAUUCGGAAGACGUUCUGAUGUUAGCCGUCAGUUUGUUGGUCAGAUUGAUCAAGGCAGCUACGCCCUGCGACCAGAAAAAUGCCAUAUGUCGACAGGUCCCGCGAGGUAUCGUGAAAUACAUGACGGAUUUCAAUUAUCCUCUGUUGAAGGAAACUGCGACCCAUUUAUUAGAACUAGUAGAAUUUGAUUGGAGAAACGCAGUUGAAAAUGAAACCAUUUAGAGUAAUCGGAUAGAGUUAACCUCUAUUGUAUUAACAAACAGAUAGAACUAAUGGGAUAUGGGCGGUAUAACCGCAUAUUUUGCACAUAAAUCAGAAUGGCCUUUGAGGACCCCUAUUUUUAUAGCGCGAAGAGUUAAAUUUUUGCUGAUGACGAGUUGUUUCUUUUUUCCGAUCAUUUGUGGAAAGAGCUUCAGCGUUGCAGCAUAACUAAAAAAAAUAUAAAAAUAUAAGCAAAACUUGCUUUGCAAAUUUUUAAAA